CCAGCCAGGAGACCCCCUGGGCGCCACGCCGGGGACGGCGAGCAGUGCGCGCGCCGCCCCCCGCAGGAAGCGUUCCCGGCGGGCCCCGCGCGGCCAGGGCGUGGGCGGUGCUCCCCCUCCCCCCCGGAGGAGCUGCCCGCGCCCCCUCCCCUCGGAUGUGGCUGAACCGAAGCGCGCAGGCGGGAGACUCUGCAGGAUCCGCGGCCCUGAGCAUCGGAGCGGUGAACUCUUCAAGUCUCCGAUUAAAUUUAAAAAAUGGCCUCCAAUAAAACUACAUUGCAAAAAAUGGGAAAGAAACAAAAUGGGAAGAGUAAAAAAGUUGAAGAGGCAGAGCCUGAAGAAUUUGUGGUAGAAAAAGUACUGGACCGUCGUGUAGUGAAUGGGAAGGUGGAGUAUUUCCUGAAGUGGAAGGGGUUCACAGAUGCUGAUAAUACUUGGGAACCAGAAGAAAAUUUAGAUUGUCCAGAUUUAAUUGAAGCAUUUCUUAAUUCUCAAAAAGCUGGUAAAGAAAAAGAUGGUACAAAAAGGAAAUCUUUAUCUGACAGUGAAUCUGAUGAUAGCAAAUCGAAGAAGAAGAGAGAUGCUGCUGACAAACCAAGGGGCUUUGCCAGAGGUCUUGAUCCUGAACGAAUAAUUGGUGCCACAGACAGCAGUGGAGAAUUAAUGUUUCUCAUGAAGUGGAAGGACUCGGAUGAGGCUGACUUGGUGCUGGCAAAGGAGGCGAAUAUGAAGUGUCCUCAGAUUGUCAUUGCCUUCUACGAGGAGAGGCUGACUUGGCAUUCUUGUCCCGAAGAUGAAGCACAAUAAUUGUUUGCAUUUAUAUAUAUAUAUUUAUAUAUAUAUAUAAAAUCUGGAUCUUGGGUUUUGAAUUACUAGUGUGGAAAAAAAUAGCAAUCUAAUGAAAAUCAAGUUUGAUAUGCUGGUUUUGAAAGUAUUGACAGUAGUUGGGAUAUUUUUGGUUUUUGUUCUGCAUCAAAAGGCACUGAUUCCUUUGAGCAAGUAAGAGCUUUCUGUAGUUGCUUCCCUUAACAAUAGA